ACAAAACUCCAACCAGUUCACAAAGAGACAAGACUUCUUCUACCUGCAGCUUGCCUUCGGAACUUGGUCCUGCAUUUCUCCCAUUUCAUUUCAGAAGAGCAUAUACUGCCUUCUGUUAUUUACUUCACAGCUUAUUUGCUAAAGAAAUUAUGGGUUUUGAAGAACAGCUGAUUGGAGUUGGAAUUGGAUUGGAAGAGUUCACCUUUGCUCACUCUGACCCUCUUGUUUUGGAGCUCACCCGUCUGCAGAAUCUCCUCAAAGAGAAAGAUAGAGAGCUGGGAGCUGCUCAUGGAGAAAACAAAGGUUUGAGAACAGCUGAUGCAUUGAAGGACAAGGCCAUAGAAGAGCUGAGGAUUCAGAUGACCAGACUAGACGAGAAGCUACGUGCCUCAGAGAAUGUAAUCGAGAACAAGAACCUCGAAAUCAAGAAGCUAGUGGUUGAAAAGAAAGAGGCAUUAUCAGCACAGCACGCAGCAGAAGCAACUCUUAGAAGGGUUCAUGCAAAUCUCAAGGAUGAUGACUCUCCUCCCAUAGAAUCUUUCCUCGCUCCCCUUGAGGCCGAGAUCAAGAUGUACAAGAAUGAGAUUGCAGCACUGCAGGAAGACAAGAAGGCGAUGGAGCGCCUGACAAAGUCGAAAGAAUCAGCUCUACUUGAAGCUGAGACGAUUCUGAAGAGUGCCCUGGAGAGGGUUUUGAUAGUUGAGGAAGUUCAGAACCAAAACUAUGAACUGAGAAGACAGAUUGAGAUUUGUCAGGAAGAGAACAGGAUUCUCGAGAAGACAAAUCGGCAGAAAGUUGUGGAAGUUGAGAAGCUGAGUCAGACCAUUGGAGAGCUUGAAGAGAGUGUUCUAGCAAGUGGAGCAGCUGCAAAUGCUGUUAGGGAUUAUAAGAGACAGAUCACUGAAAUAAAUGAGGAGAAGAGGAUGCUGGAGAGGGAGCUAGCUAGGACUAAAGUAUCAGCAAAUCGGGUGGCGACAGUUGUGGCAAAUGAAUGGAAGGAUGAGAAUGAUAGGGUGAUGCCUGUCAAGCAAUGGCUUGAAGAGAGAAGGCUGAUGCAGGCAGAGAUACAAAGACUGAGGGAUAAGCUUGCAAUUUCAGAGAGAACAGCCAAGGCAGAAGCACAAAUUAAGGAAAAGCUGAAGCUGAGGCUGAAGACCUUUGAAGAAGGGUUAAAGCAAGCAACUAGCAUCUCCACCAACUCUAACAAGUUCCGUGAGUCCCCUAAAUGCGAAAAACAUGGCAGCAGUAUCUUAGGGUUCUUAGCAAGCAAUGCAGGGCUAAGGAAGAGAUCUGCAUCGCAGCCAAGGGCUUCCAUGGUUGCUGGCAGAGGGUUACUUCUGCAGCAAGCAAAUGUGGAAACUGAGAGGAAUGAAUCAAGGAAACAAGGUUCCAGCGAAAGCACAGUGAGGAAGAGCUUGUGGGCAUCUAGGAGUAGGGUUGUUGAUAGCACUGGAAAGGAAAAUGCAGAAGGGAGAGCAAAUGCAGAUCUCAAUGCUGAUAAGACCAUGAAGGAUAUUGAAAAUACAGCAGUAGCUAAUGAGGAAGUACAAGAGAAGGAAAGUGUGAGUCCUAGAGCUGAAGAUUUGGUUUCGGGGUUCUUGUAUGAUAAGCUUCAGAAAGAGGUUAUAAAUUUAAGGAGAGCUUGUGAGGCCAAGGAGAGCAGUUUGAAUGCCAAAGACCACCAAAUCCAGAUGUUGAUGAGAAAAGUUGAUUCCUUGACGAGAUCCAUCGAAGUGGAGUCCAAGAAGCUGAAGAGAGAAGCAGCAGCAAGAGAAAAGGAAACUGGGUCAUCAAAGUUAGAACCUAGCAGAAAAACUGCUGCAUCUCCAAACCCAUACAGAAGGUAAUGUGAGGUUGCUUCAGGCACGGGAUAAAGUAGAAAGCCCAGCAGAAAAUUUGUGCAAAAACUACACCAAAAGUUCCUUUUGAUUCUUGAAUGUAAAUAUGAAGCUGAUCUCUCCUGAUUCUUUGCUGCACUUUCAGUAUGGUUUGGGUUUCAGUUUGUGUACAUUCAAUAAAUGAGUCAGCAAGAGAAAAGCUAAAACAGUGAGGAAUAUGUAAACAAAGGCAGAGUUCAUAGUUCCAACACAGAGGAGAUCCGACAAAUAUACACAUACACAUAAUAAGUUUGCUUGCAACCCUUUUGUUAUAAUGAUGUUCAAUUCUCAUUGAAACUACAAUUUUUUGUAUUGAACUGAAGUUCUGCUUCAACAAAGAUCAACAACCUUCUACACUCCUAAUAAAGCUAAAACCAUUUG